AUGAACGACUUUCCAAAUUAUUUCAGUAACGGCAUCCAGAACGACACGGACUUCGUUUGGAAGGAGGAUGAAUGGGCCGUGUCCAAAGUCUACAAGAAGGGUGUUAUGAGGAUGGUUCCAGUGGAUUACAACGUCUGGGAGAAGACAUCUUUCAAAUCCAUCGUCAAAAAGAUCGAAGAUGCUGAGGAUGGCACUACGGGCCGAAACCCACCUUGGGAGGUCCUGUGUCUCCAUCGCGUGCCCGACUGCAACCGCAUUGUCAAGCCAAUCCAAGCCUCAUACAAAGGGGUUAAUGGAAACGACUGUCACACGUACAAUUUAAUUUUCAAAGAGUACGAACUGGGUGAUAUGUCCAAAUGGCGCGGCGAGAAGUUCGGAAACAAGCACCCAGCCAAAACCGUCCCAGAAGCCCACUUAUGGCGGUGUCUAGUUCACAUGACGCAAGCUCUCGCCGUGGUCCAUAACCAAACAGGUUCGACACAAAAGCAUCCUGGAACUCUUAUCCAUCGCGACAUCAAGCCCCAGAACAUCCUGGUUGCAGAUAAUGGCAGCGCGUACCCCAGCUUCAAGCUCCACGACUUCGGCCUCUCCAGGGUAGCCUACGGACGAGAAGAUCGCCGUGGACCAGGCUUCUCAGGCACAUACAUCUGGCAACCGCCCGAGAGCCCUUAUAUCAAUACCACCUAUGCUGAUAUCUGGGCAGUGGGCGCACUCAUCCAUUACCUUGCCUUCGGCGAAUACCUGGUUGAGCCAAUGCGCCCCAAUUGGGUGGAUGACCUGGACGAGGAGGACAUGCAUGAAGUGCAGAAGUAUCGUAACAAGUACUCAUCGAGCCACAAUUGGUAUUUGGCGUUGGGUCCGCGUAUCGUGUCGCCGAUCAAUCUGGGUGAAGUGAGUCGUAUUACGAAGGCGGAGGUAAUGUCUUUGGAUAAGCAUAUGUACAAACCAAAGUAUAGCGACCGGCUUAACUACUGGAUGAUGGAGUGCCUAGAGUUCGAUCCGGUGGAGCGGGUCACGGUGGAGCGUCUGAUGAAGGAGAUGAUUCCGGAGGCAAGGGCAGCGCUGUUGGAUUUGGGUGGUGAGAAGGCGCUGACGGACUUUGAGCUCGUGUUUGAAUAG